AUGCCAAGUCGAGACUCGACCCCGCACUUGACCAUGACAUCAUCCACCAUCCAUCACGAGAUUUUGGACAUGCCACCCGUGCUCGAAGCAUCCCUCGACGGCGGCUCCAGCAGCAACGACGACGACCUAUGUCGCCCUAAAGUACAUGGCUGCUCGAUCCCUUACAUGCUUCUCGUGGCCCUCCCCCGUUUGCCCAUCAUGAUGGGCUGGGCGGCGCAAUGGGCUGUGCUUGGCCCGUUGUUGGAGAUCUUGGUCUCGUCUUCCGUCGUGCAGCUCAUUCAAAUCGCCGGGCCUCUGUGCGGGCUCCUCGUGGUACCUACCUUGGGCGUGCUCAGUGACAACUGCCUCCAUCCGUACGGCCGCCGACGGCCGUUUCUCUUUUGGGGCGCCGUCACCAGCAUUCUCGCCUACGUUUUGCUCAUGUUUGCCGCCGAUAUUGGCACGUACUUUGGCGACACCGCCACAAGUCGGCCGACCAUGACAGGCAUUGUCAUCUUGUGUUACAUCUGGACAGACAUUACGCUCAACAUUGCCAUGGUGCCUGUGACACUGCUCAUGGCUGACGUCGUGGGCGACCGCCAAGUCACGGGCUCCGUGGUCACAGGUGUGUUGUCAUCGGGGGGGUUGCUCGUCACGGCCGUGUACAUUGCCGCAUUUGGCCCGGCCCACCAGAGCUUAAAAACGUUUUUGUCCAUAUUGAUCGGUCUCCUGGGGGUCACCUGUGGAGCCACGUGUUGGUUUGUCGUUGAAAAGCCAUACGUUUACAUUUGGCGGUCCAACACAGGCCAUCACGUCAAGAUUGCUGUGACCGCAGUCAUCGCUGGCAUUCGACAGCUUCCGUCGCCCCUGGGGGUGUACUUUGUGCUCAUCCUGCUGUCGACAUAUGGCUUUACCUCGUACAACGGCGCAAAAGGCCAAUUCUUUGGCCUGGUCGUCAACGGCGGCGACCCGAACGGCGCAGAUUUGUGCCGGCCUUCGUGUUCCCCUCGUCAAGCCGCAUUUAACGACGGCGUCCGCGUCGCAGGACUCACCGACACGCUCCAAGUGCUCGCGUUCUUGUACGUGCUGCUGCUGCCGACGCUAGUACACCGUUUCGGGGCCAAACGAGUGGUCACUAUGAGCUUAUUGCCCCAGGGGCUGUAUGUGGUCAUGGCGUACUCCAAGCACACAGCCGUGAACGUGGCGAUAGCUGUGAGCUGCAGCAUCACACAGGCCACCAUGAAUCUGCUCAUUGUGCCGCUCAUCAUUCAUGUCGUGGGCCAUGGCCCAGACAAUUCGCUCGGGCUCAUCAACGGCGCCCUCAACAGCGCCCUGUGCACCGGCCAGCUGCUGAAUUAUGUCCUAGCUGCAGCCCUCGUCACGUCGCCGAUGGGGUAUGCACUGCCGAUUCUCGUUGGCGGGCUCUUGAGUCUGGUCGCGGCUGUGGUGGCGCUGCUGUGCUUUCGAGUGAGCAUGUACAGUCUGUAACGACAGGAGUCGUACGCUAGAUAGAUCGCACGUGUGUGUAUGUAAAUUAACUGUGUAAAUUAUUAUUGCCA